AUUUUUAAUCUAGCACAUAGCUUGUCGAUGAAAUCUCCUAGUUAAUGUUUAAUAAUUAUCGAUAAGUCGUAAAUUAUUACAGGCUACAUUGAAGAAAAAUUCAUCAUAAUGGACGUAUAGGUAUUCGUGAUUUUAUAUCAGAAGAGUAUUUUGUUGAUCCUGAUUCUGUUUGUAAUGGUAGCAGUUUCGCGAAUCGGGCAAAUCCAACCACGAUACCUACUUAAGACGCCAGAUGAAAAUGUAAGGUAACAAUCAUAUUCCUUUCAUUAGAUCAGAAACUACAUAGGUGAUCCAACAUCUGGAAUGAAUAAAUUGUGGAUUUUAUUAGCAGGCCUGGCGAUAUUUCGGAAUACUCAUCAAAGCGAUAUAGUCAAACUACCGGCCAAAAAACCUCCAAUUUACAAAUACACAUCGAAUUUCGAAGAAGUAACAAGAUGUUCGGGAUUUGUCGACAAGACGCUGAUGAUAGAGACAUUUUUCAUCAAACUGCACGGUAAUUUUCAUUUAAUCACAGCCCCUCGAAAAUACGGUAAAACAACUAUGCUCGAUAUGUUCGAAAGAUUUGUGCAAAUCGAAGUGGAUCAAAAUGGGAACGUGAUUAAUAAAACCAGUACAUCGAAUUACGAAUUAUUCACAUCUUCGAAUUUGAAAAUUGGCAGAAAAAGUGAAAUUAUAUCGGAACAUAUGGCCGAAUAUCCGGUAAUUUACAUCAAUUUCAAUAGUAUCGUUGGACGUACGUUUAGAGAAUCUAUGCAAGCAGUCAGGGGCAAGGUAAAAGCCUGCUACGAUCGAUAUAGAUGGCUUUACGAAUUAUUGGUCAAAAAAUACACUUCACCCGAGCAUAAUAGGGGAAGUGUAUCUCAGAAGGAAGAUAUCAAAUUCAUGGAAAAAGUCUACAGGGAGGAUUUGAAUUACGUGGAGAUUAAAUACAGUCUGCAUAGAUUGGCUAAAAUAGUUUACGAGUAUUUUAAAAAGAAGAUAUUCGUAAUUGUCGACGAUUACGAUGCAACUGUAUUCGAUUCGAUAAAAGAUACAUCGGUAUUUUUCGACGUCAAAGAAAUCAGUAAGCUGAUAAAUGAGAUUUUAUACGAGUUAUUUCGCACGUCUAAAUUCAACGAAGUCGCAUACGCCCUUCUGACCGGAGCUACCGCAGCCAUGGCCCCUUCCAAUAAUUUCAAAAUCCUUAACUUAUACAAUCACCCGUUUUUGGACGAGGUCGAAUUUGGUCCAUUUUUCGGGUUCACUCAAGAUGAAGUCACACCGUUGCUGUAUUUGCACAACAUCAAGCCAUCUGAUUGGGAAGACGUGGAGAACUUUUGCGGAGGAUAUGUCAUUAGAAACACUCCGAUACGAAUGUAUAACCCUUAUUCCGUCCUACUUUAUUUAUCUCAUCAUGGAAAAGAUCCAAAAUUACAGAAAGCCUGGAUUGAUCUCAUGCCUUUGGACUUUUUACUAGAUUUUUUGCAAGUGCCUGCAAUUUAUGAACUUUACAUUCAACUCGUAAUGUUGAAAAAUCUCCAAUUCGAAUUAGUCUAUUACAGUUUGGAAGAUUUAGAACAGCUAUCGACAGGAAUUCGAGAAAGACGAGUUUCGAGAUCGUUUGAUUUUCGAAUAUUUUACACGUUCCUGUUCGAAAAUGGCUACUUAAGUUACACAGAUCAAACUGAUUCGUUUUCGGUGCCAAAUGGAGAAGUCUACGAUGCCAUUACAGGUUCCCUAUUUCAAUUUUACGAUUAUAAAAUUAAAGUAGACCGAACUUUAGUAGGAGACGUAUUAAAAGACAUGUUCGAAAAAGAAACAGUUGACGAUUUGAUCGCAGUCGACUUGAAGAUAGGUUUUGAUAGAAUAAUGUACGGUUUGAAACAUUACGUUCCUAGUAACGUGUUGGAUGAUUUUUACUACCAUAGUAUUGUAUUCUACGUUGCCAGAGCUGGUGAUCCGGAAGCCCAUGUUGAAGAAAGAGUCGAAGGGCAAUAUAAACCAAGGACCACCAUCUCUCCUGUAGUAGAUAUCAUCAUGUCUUCAGAGGAGAAAGAGAAAACUAUGGUAAUUGAUGUUUCAAAUGUCUUAAAUCCCGAGCAGUUAUUGAAUCAAGCUAUGGAAUUCAAACCCUUUGAAGCAGAAGAGCACUUCGAAAUGAGAUAUCUGGCUGUUAGUUUGCAAAAUGGCACCACGUCAGUAGCAUUCUCUAUGCCUACCAACUCGGAAAACUCUGAAACGUCGCGUCUUUAUGGACAUGUGCUUUUGCAGAAAAGAGUAAGUGGUGGAAGGCUUUACCUGAAUACGUUCACAGCUCCUUGAAGUGAGUACUUAACUAGGUAUCAAGUAUCAAGUAGGUACGCAGCAGAAAUGGUAAAGCAACGAAGAGCCGAGAACGGAUCUGAACGAGAAUGGAAACAAGAACAAUAUGUAGAUAUUCGAAAAAUUGAUCCAAAAAAAGAAGGGAAUGGAUUCAGUACUUGGCGAUCUGUGAAAAACAAAACGAGGACGGAUUUUUUCUUGUCCUGUUUUCAGUGUAAAUGGACUACAAAUUACUACAAAAUCAUUUUCUAUGCUUCUUUUACAUUUUUCAAAUUUUCAUAUUUCUAAUUUUUGUAACAAUUAACAAUAUGAGCAUCGAUUUUGUA